UUCUUUUCCAACCUUUUUUUUUAUUUCAUUUUCAUUUUUCUACCACGUUUUACCCAAAAUGACACAAGAUAACAAGUUUUUACCUGACAAAAAGGUCUCCAUCAUUGGUGUGCCUUUCAACGGGGGUCAACCCCAUACCGGUGUAGAAGAAGGUCCGCUACGUCUGGUUGAAUUUGGUCUGGCCAAUCAGUUGGAAGAAAUGGGUUGGCAAGUCGACUAUGAAGCCAAUGAACAUAUCAGCGAUAUGCGUCCCGAGGAUGACCCUGUCGUCAUGAAACUCAAGCAGCCAAAGUAUGUCUCUUCGGUCACUCAAACGGUCGCCAAGCAAAUCCAUGAUCGAGCGAAAGAGAAGAAGUUUGUCUUGACUCUGGGCGGCGAUCACUCGGUCGCAUUAGCAACCGUAUCGGGUGUAUUCUCUCAAUACCCUGACGCUUGUUUGAUUUGGGUCGAUGCUCAUGCGGAUGUCAAUACCCCUGGCACUACAGAUUCAGGUAACAUCCACGGUUGUCCCUUAAGCUUCCUGCUGGGAAUCGCAGGAGAUCACCCAAACUUUAACUGGGUCAAACCCGUACUGAAGGCCAAUCGCCUGGUAUACAUUGGUCUGCGAGAUAUCGAUGACGCGGAGAAAAAGAUCAUUCAUGAGUUGGGCAUCACCGCUUACACCAUGCAUCAUGUGGAUAAAUGGGGUAUUGGCCAAGUCGUUGAUAUGGCUUUGGAUCGUGUGAAUCCUAAUCGCGAUCUACCUAUUCACCUGUCAUUUGACGUCGAUGCUUUGGAUCCCUCCGUAGCCCCCAGUACCGGUACGCCUGUCCGCGGAGGCCUGACAUUCCGUGAAGGGCACUAUAUUUGUGAAGCUUUAGCCGAAACGGGACUGCUUGUGGCGGCCGAUAUCAUGGAAGUGAACCCUGCAUUGGAGAACGAUAACGCUGUAUUUCAAACCAUCCAAGUCGGAUGUUCCUUGGCACGCUGUUGCCUUGGCGAGUCACUUUUGUAGAUUAUAAAAUAUUGGCGACCAUAUAAAAAGGAUAUAAAGUGGGUCAUCAGAUGCAAUAAAAUAUCGCUUCUUUGUUGAUGA